UCAUACAUGUUGCUUUACUUUUCACCCCAGGGGUUAGGUUUCAAUCAAUGUUUAAAACUUUCCGCUUUGUUGCUUUAAAUGGCUUUGUAUCAUAAGUAGAUUCCACGUUUUCUAACCUUUUGUUUGCCCAGUUAUGACGGCUCCGGUGAAAGGUCAGAAAAGGAGGCUCCGAAUCAAAAUAAUCAGUCUUGGCGAUGCCAGCAGCGGAAAAAGUUGCAUUAUUAAAAGAUAUUGCGAGAAACGCUUUGUUCCCAAGUACAUGCAAACCAUCGGGAUUGAUUACGGUGUCACCAAAUACAACGAGAGUGGUGAAGAUGUACGGGUGAAUAUAUUCGAUUUCGCCGGUCAUCCGAUAUUCUACGAAGUUCGUAACGAAUUUUAUCGUGAUACCCAAGGGGUUCUGCUUGUCUACGAUGUUACAAACAGAGAAAGUUUUCGACAUCUUGAUGAUUGGCUCUUAGAGAUGAGAAAGUUUACCAGUGAUGUCGAAGAUUAUAUUGUUGCAGUGUGUGCUAAUAAAACUGAUAUCGGUAGACGAGUGGUAACAGAAGAUGCAGGAAGGGAUUAUGCUCAAAAGAAAGGUUUCCUUUAUUUUGAGCUGUCUGCAUAUUCAGGCAAGGGAGUAAACGAUAUGUUCAGUAAUUUGUUUACAGAUGUUGUCAAGAAUGUUCGACACGGCAAGUCAAAAAUAGGAAGCGUGAAUUUGGGAUAUACUCGAGAACAGGCAGAUAUAGUGGUCAGGAUUAAGAACUCAAAGGAUGAUUAUGAUAUUCUCGGUGUUGCUAAAAGCUCUCCCCCAGAGGAAAUUAAAAAAGCGUUUAAGAAGUUGUGUCUUCUUUUACAUCCAGACAAAAACUUGGCUCCAGGAGCUACGGAAGCUUUCAAAGCUCUUCAGCUUGCGAGAAAUAAUCUUUUGAAUCGAUAGAAACUUUAAAAGCCGAUAUUUUUAUUCUUUACAAUUCAAAAUGUGAUAUUUCUAUGAUUGACUACCACUUGGGUUUAAAAUGGAUGCGAUGUCAGAUUAUUAUUUGUAAUACUUGUUUUAUACCUGUACAUAUAUUAUUAAAUUGUCUGUUUCUAGACAGGAACUCUUUUGGGCUCAUUUCAGCAAUUUUUGUGAGAUCCUUUUAUCAACUUGUUGAUAAAUUUGGUCGGUAUGGCUGUGUUUUGGCUAACUUGUUUUAUUUUUGUUAUUUGUUAUUUA